AUGGAACGAUCUGCAGCGGCGUCGAAGCAACGGCAAUCUUCCAAGCAACAGAAGAAUCCUCAACCUGCUGAACAACAAAGCCCUCCUGCGCCAAUAUUUUCCGGACCGAAUCUUCAGAAGAACCUCGCCGCUGUGAACCUCAGUCGCACAUACCUUGCGAUUAUAGCAGGUGUAGUGGCAGGCAUAUUAGGUCUAACAGGAAUAUCAGGUUUCCUUUGCUACAUAUUUGUCAUGGGCCUUGGGGCUGUUGGCCUGUUCAUCAAGACUGGGUUCCAUAUAAACAAGUACUUUGACACUUGGCAACGGAUAGGUGGAAUGGAUGGCCUCACGCAAGGUGCCAUGUCAUUCGUUCUCUUCUGGACGCUUGCCUAUGAUUUCGUUCAUCUUUUCUGA